AUUUGGACUCAUAUUCCAACGACAUCGUUUUGGGAAUCCCCAUGAUUCUUGUUUGCUUCUAUCUGUUUUUCUUUUCCAGUGCCCAAAAAUAAAAUAAAAAGAAUCUUUGUCUACAUUGAUUGAAAAUUUGAUGUUUUUCUUUUUGCAGCCAUUCAAAAUAUUGGUGGCUUCAAAUUCACCUCUUACACUUGUAGCUUGUGCUUCAUCCAAUUCUUUGCAGCGAUUAAAACACACAAAAAGUUUGCAUAUGAAUUGCUGACUCUGAAUUUCUCAAAAAGAUAAGGGCAUUGCUUCAUUGAUAUGGUUAAGAAAUGUUAGUUGCGUAUCCUGCGGGAACUAUCAACAAAUUCCAAAUCCCUAUUAGCUGCUAUGCCGCUUUGCGCAGAUUCAAGACCUCGCCUUUUGGUCCUCUGAUUAGUUGUUCUGUCUCCCCAAGAUCAAUAGUUCCUUGUAGCAAUGUAGAGUGUUAUCAUUCAUCUUUUUCUACAAAAUAUCAAAUUCAGCCUCGAAGGAGAUGGAUGUUUUGUAACUCACGCAACAACUCGAUUUCAUCGGAUGAUGAGUACCGUUCAUCACCCAACAUAGCUAUAAGUCUUUUAAGACGUUACAGGACCGUGAUUGGACGCGGUGAAGGCGAAACCUUAAAAGAAUUCAUAUCCGCUGGUGUGAAUGCAUAUGCGCUCGGCUGCACAGAUGAAGAUUUGAGAAAAGAACUAAUGGCUAUGAAAGAUUCGGGUUUAGAGAUUGAGAGAAUGGAGAAUUACGGCGGAAGCACACAGACUAAAUCCAAAAUUACGCUGUCUGAGGUAGAUGAAUGCAUAUUGUGGCUUAGGAUUGUAUUCAUCACGAUCUUGUGUACGCCGCAACCAACAGUCAUAAGAUGGUCAUCGACUCCUUCGGUUUCUGAUGAAAUUCUAAGCAAAUGGAGAGGCUUUUGCGCGGUUAUAGCAAAUGCAUACUAUAUUAGAGGAAUGGCUUGGCUGCCUGUGAAGACUCUUCAGUUGGAGCAGAUGGCGGUGACAGGACAAUCAGAGGAGCCGUCCGUUGUGGCCAGCCGAAUGAGACUGGUGUUUAGCACUCUCGAGGUAGUGAGUCCUCAAUGGCCACGGGUUUAACUAUGAUGUUCUGCAGAUUGAAAUAUACGAGUUCUAAGGUAUCUUUGUUUUGUUCUUUGAAUCUUCAAAAUGUUUUUAUCGUCUUGUUAAUCCCAUUUUGUAAAUGGUUGUAGAACUACUGUAAUUCAAUAGGUCACUGUUUUAAUACACAAACAUAUAAAAUUGUGAAUAUGCGACCAACAUAUUAUGAUAUUCAAUGAACAUAUCACACAUAAGACGAAGAUCGAAUAAGAAUGUUAUAUAUAGAAGCUUAGAAUAAGGACACACAUAAUACUAGAUACUAUUUCAACUUCAAUGAUAGACAUUGCCGCUUCCGCCACCGCUCCCACUACCACUGCCACUUCCGCUACCAUCAACACCACCACCGCCUCCGCCGCCACCACCUCCACCACCGCCUCCACCACCUUCUACAUGCAUAUACACAUCAGGGCCACUAGCGGUUCCAGUUCCACUUCCACUUCCACUUCCGCUUCCACUACCGCUGCCGCUGCUACCGUCACCGCCACCACCACCGCCACUACCUUCACCACUGCCUCCCCCACCUGCACUUGCUGAAUACUCACCACUGCUACUGACUCUACCAUCACCACUACCAUAGCCAGUACCGCUGCCACUGCCAUUAAAGAAACUACCAUUACUGCCGCCAGAACCGCCACCGCCUCCACCUCCGCCUCCACCACCACCUCCACCUCCAACAACUAUGCCUCCGGGACAGUCGGCGCGUCCAUGCGCAUUCCCAUUUCCAUUCCCAUCUCCGUACCCGUUUGCAUUAUCGUCGAUACCUUUUUCGGUACCACCUUCAACACUAGCUCCUCCACCACCACCUCCACCUCCCCCAGCGGCACAAAUUGGCUCACCAUCGAAUUUUGGAUCCAACAAUUUUGUGUUUUCGAAAAGUCCUUGGAGUUGCCUCGCGCCAACAUUGGCACUCACUAGUCCAACGAUAAUCACCACAAGCAACUUAGUGAUUUCCAUCUUUUUUUCUUUAAAUAUCUCUGAAACACAAAAAUGUGAGUUUUUUUUUUUUUCUUGUGAGUUUUUGUUCACAGCAUCAUUAGGCCAUUGGCUAUAUAUAUA